CCCACCCAGCCGCCCGACACAGCCUGCGCAAGGGACGGCCAAGGACGCAGCCGACUUGCAGCGACGGCGGGGGCUGCUGCUGCCGCUGCUGCCCGGGCGUCCCUGCGGUGGCGGCAGCGGCCACGGCGGCUCUUCCCGGGACCGAGCUCGGCCCGGCAGGCCUGGAGGGAGAGGCCGAGGUCCGCUCUGGGAGCAGGUCGGCUGCGGUGGAGCUGAGCGGGCAACCCGCUUCCCCCGGGGGCACCUCCGCUGCCUACUCCGUCGGCACGACUGUGGGAUUUUAUCUCUUGCUAUGAUGCCAGGGCAGAUUCCAGACCCAUCCCUGACAGCUGGCGCUCUGCCUGGCCUUGGCCCUUUGACCGGGCUUCCUGGUACCACCUUGACAGCAGAAGAGCUCAAGUAUGCUGACAUUCGCAACAUUGGUGCCAUGAUCUCACCACUGCAUUUCCUGGAAGUGAAACUGGGUAAAAGGCCUCAGCCAGUGAAAAGUGAGUUAGACGAAGAAGAGGAAAGGAGGAAAAGGCGGCGAGAGAAGAAUAAAGUAGCCGCAGCUCGAUGUCGGAAUAAAAAGAAGGAGAGGACAGAGUUCCUGCAGCGGGAAUCUGAACGUCUGGAGCUGAUGAACGCUGAGCUGAAAGCCCAGAUAGAGGAGCUGAAGCAGGAGAGGCAGCAGCUGAUCUUGAUGCUGAACCGCCACCGCCCCACUUGCAUUGUGCGGACAGAUAGCGUCAAAACACCCGAGAGUGAAACCAAUCCAUUGCUUGAGCAGCUAGAGAAGAAAUGAAGGGGGCACGGUGGGUCAGAAACCAAAAGACCAAGUGGGAUCUCUCUGACAGUGUCUCAUCUACGUACUGUGCGAAGAACUGUGCACUAAAGACUGGUGCAAACGGAACGCAGCGUGCUUCCUUGGGGAUUGCACAUACCAACCAAAUGGAGGGAAUGUAGACAGUGGCCACAGAAACAGUCCUGAGGAAGCUGUUCUCCUGUUCAAGGCUUCACUCCAGUGGGCAUGGCAGUUGCUGUGAGGGCUGAUCUGGUGCCUCAUCACGGCUCUGCCAUCUAUUUGCCAGCCUUGGAGAAUCUUCAAGACACGCACUGGAGUGCAUUCCGAGCCUGAAACACGUUGGGACGCUGGGAGGCGGUAUUGUGAUUUCCCGCCAGUUUUCCUCUCACUCCUGACGGCUGGCAUUCAGCAGGGACAUAAAGUCUCUGGAUAGCAGGCAGAGGAGGAAGCCUACAGCAGGCAAAGCCGCCCCAGCUUCGUCCUACUUUGAACUCGGCCUGUGUUCUCUGCACACUCUUCCGAACUAAACCAGAAACCAAGAAUGGCAAAACUUGACACAAGUCCUGCCUCAUUGCUGGGCCUGUCUGUGGCACUGUGGCGCAGGCGCCCCCACAAGCAUACCUUCAGUAUAAUGUUUACAGCCCAGCUGUCCAGGCCAUGCUUUGAAAAUGCACAUUUUUACACUUUUUUAUAUUUUUUACAAAGUUUUUUUUUAUACAGCAGUCUCUAUAUGGAUUUAUAUAAUCACUAGAUGUGAUCCCAUAGAAAUGUAUGUUAUUAUGGUCUCUUUGUUACAAACGCAUAUGCCACAGUUAUCUCCAUUGUGUUACUUGUUUUGGUGGCAUGGGCUCCUUUCCCUUGGCAUGCUGGGAAACAAGCCUGGGCCUUCACACAGGCUCUGCUGCCAUGUCCAUCCAUGUAUGUCAUUCAUAAUACUCAGUCCUGUAUCUCUCAGUAAAUGUUAAACUUUUACUUAUC